UGGCUGGAUACUUAGUGCUAGGGGAAAACACUUGAUACACUGUAUGGAAGAGAUCAGGACAGCCCUUAUGAUGAGGCAAGUGAAAAAAUUACAUGAUAUGGCAGUGGUUUCUGAUAGGCUUUGUCCUAUGAUCAACAAAAAACUUGAGAAAAUGAAGUUUCAGUCUAGGAACAUGAACACUAUACCUGCACUUGGGGAUAAGUUUGAGGUAGAUGACGAGGGUGAGAAAUAUGUUGUCAAUAUUCCACAGAGGACAUGUACAUGCAGAGUCUGGGAGCUUACUGGUAUACCUUGCACACAUGGUCUUGCUGCCAUCAAGUACUUGAAUGAUGAUGCAUCUAACUUUGUGCAUGAGUAUUACACAAUUUCCAAGUAUUUGCAGGCUUAUAAAUAUGCAUUGGAGCCACUGAAUGGUCCAUUGCAUUGGCCACAGUGUGAGGGUAGUGUGAUUAAGCCUCCAACAGUGAAGAACAUGCCUGGGCGGCCUAAGAAGAAUAGGAUUAGGGAUCCCCAUGAGGUUGAUCCCAAAAAUCCUAAUAGGCUGAAAAGAAAAGGGCUAGUAAUGACUUGUGGUAACUGUGGUGAGCGUGGUCAUAACACAAGGGGCUGUAAGAAGGAGAAGGUCGAGAAGCCAACAAAAGAAAAGGGAGCAAAGGGGAGGCCUAAGAAGAAUGAGGCUACAACAAAGGACAAGGGGAAGAUGCCUGUGAUAUCCAAGGCAGAGCAAAAGCAGAUUGCCAUGGAGAAGGCAAUUGCAAUGAGGGGUGCUGGACUCUACAUCAGUGAGGGCAGUGGCAACCAAUACUUUAGGACACCUGAUCAAAGGGGUGUCACCCAUACCACCCACGGAGGAGAAUCAGGUGGCAGAGGAAGAGGAAGACCAAGGGGUGGUGCAAGAGGAAGAGCUCGGGGUGGUGCAAGAGGAAGCGCUCGAGGUGGUGCAGCCGGCAGUGUUGCAAGCAAUCUGCCGUCAGGAAGCACAUUGUUGGAAUGCUCAGCUACACAAGAGAGCAUUAACAAGUGAUUGAAGACUACAACAACUUUUGAUUUGCUUUUGAAUCUAGGCUUUUGAAUGUCAGUGUUGGAUAAACAUAAAACUAUUCCACCUUUCUGUACAUUAUAACCUUUUUUUGGCACUUUUGAAUCUGAAAUGAUGAAUGA